UCUUUUGCUCUUAAAGUAGUUCUAGAUUACCAUAAUUAUAUGUAUUUUUAGAUAAACACGUUUAUUGAAAAAACUAAAAGAACUAAAAUGAUUCGAAUGCAAAUACAGCACUUUUGCACGUUCUGAAAGCAAGCAAAUGGAAAAAAGUGAUUCGAUUCGUUUGGAAAAUGUGUACAUAAAAACCUGUGUGUAUGGAGCAAGAUACAUUUCGGCAUGUGCCGACGCAGCCAUUAGAUUAAUCUCAGAGAAAGAAACCAUUGAGACGUUUGCAAUUUACUUACACACUAAAUAUAUACUAAAUAUAUAGAUCAGUUAAGCAGUCUAUUCACAUCGAACAAAGAGUACUAACAGAAUGCAAGAUCGGGCAAAAAAGUUGCGUGCGACUUUCUCCUGGAACCAGUCACAGACCCAGAUCCAGAUCCAGACCCAGACCCAGCCAUUGGUAGAAGCCGAAGUAAGCAAUGCCAGGCAAUCAUCCGUGUCAUGCUGCAAUAAGCCCCAGCUAAGUCGCAACAAACUUCAGAGCUGUUUGGCUUUGAAAAAGGAACUGGAUGAGCCACAGAAACACCAGGAAGCGAGAGGCAGAGAUCUAGCUUCCCCCAAUUGCAAAAGGUGUCCACAGGAGCAGCGGGUACAGCUAUUUACUGGUUAUCCAUUGAACAUUAAGCUAUACAUGCAAACUACUACCACAAGAAUGCUAAGUGAUCGAAGUCGAAACCAGGCAACUACCACAACGACCACCAUUAACCAACCAGCUAUGCAUCGAAAGUCGAAGAGCAAAAGCAAGAGCAUUGCUAACAGAACAUUUAUGCCGUUCCAGUCCAAAAAAUCAUUGGAACAGCAGCAAUCGGCUGCAGCGGAUACAGCAGUUAGCGAAGGAGUAGAAAUCGAAUCGGAUGCGAGAACAUCAACAGAAAUAGGUGCGAAUAGGACGUUAAAGCAACAUCAACAUCCCAAUAUCAAGAACAAAAACCGCUCCUCAUCCUCAUCGCUAGUGCGAUGCAAAAUGUUAAUUCCUUUGCCUACAUUAGGCGCUACAUCGUUCGUCACUUUGCUCACGCUAAUCUGCAUAGAAACCGUUUUGCUUUCGACCAUGUCAAGCUGCGCAAAAACCUUCUACAUGCAUUGGAACACAUCGAACAGCAUAUUUCGAAUAGAUAACACCGAUCACAUAAUUGAUGUCAACAAAGGCAACUUGGCCUUCGAAUUUGACCAGGUGCACAUAAUAUGUCCAGUGUACGAGCCAGGGACAUUUGAAAACGAAACGGAGAAAUAUAUAAUAUACAAUGUGUCUAAAGUGGAGUACGAAACAUGUCGCAUAACAAAUGCAGAUCCGCGAGUAAUAGCUAUAUGUGAUAAACCUCAGAAAUUAAUGUUUUUUACAAUAACUUUCCGGCCAUUUACACCGCAGCCAGGUGGCUUGGAGUUCCUACCUGGAAAUGAUUAUUACUUCAUUUCAACUUCAUCGAAAGACGACUUGUAUCGACGCAUUGGGGGUCGUUGCUCUACAAACAAUAUGAAAGUCGUAUUUAAAGUGUGUUGUGCCACCGAAGAAAGGAAUAAGACCACACAAACCACCACAUCCGUGGCUGUGGCAGGCGCAGAUCCAGGGGGUGGCAACAGUGUCAAUAUCGCUGCCCAUGAUGACAGUCACGGACAUGUUCACGGCCACAAUACUGGUCCCGGAAACACUAUUGGAAUAAGCGGUGUCAACGGAGGCCUCUCGGGCGGAUCACCCUCAGUGGGAAUAGCCACAAAUCCAAACAAUGGCAACAUGAAUGGCUUGGGCACCUCGAUCAAUACGAACAUCGAUCAGUUCAACCGUAUACCUAUUCAACCGAACAUUAUGGGCAACAAUGUUGGCUCUAGCGGCGUUGGUGGUGGAAUUAUCUUAUCUCCUGGUCAUGGUCAUGGUAGCAUAAACAUGCUUCCACCUGGCCGCGGUGGGGUAAAUAUAGCAUACCCGGGACACCACCACAUUCAAACUGGCAUUCGGAUAAACAACGUGCCAACGCAGCACAGUUAUCCAUCGCACAAGGGUAAUGUCAACGGCAACUCUAAUGGCAAUGAUGAUCACCACCAUUACGACAAGCAUCCCAACGAGGUUGUAAAGAAUGAGGAGCUUACAUACAACAGUGGCUCGGCGAUUACAGCUAAAAAUUACUUCAACGUUUGGAUCUGGCUAUGCUCCUGGCUGCCAUUGCCUUCCUCUUUAGCCGUUUGCAUGUCUGCCCAUUGGAUAAAUUCAUCUUUAGUCAGCAUUUUCGCGAUCCUUGCAAUGCACCAAGUAAUUCGGAUCGCAUUGCCCACCCAGCGUUGCCGCCCAGAAAAUAAGGCAUUCAGUCCCUCCAGCAAGAGCUGCCGAGUUACCAACACGAAAAGCAAUCGGUGAAUUUGUUGAGCCACCAGUAGACCCGUUCCGCUCUGAAUUAUUUAUUUAUAUCGUAAAGGUCACUUACACUCAUUUUCCAUUCGUCUUAAUAAGCGAAAAUAUGAAAAUAUUAAAUUUGAAUGCUAUAUGUGUGACUUCGCAGGGGUGAAAUUGUAUUUAUUGAUUUUCUAAUCUAAUUGUAAUUGAGUCGAAUCACAGUGAUUCGAAAAUAUACGAAAAUAGAACAGAAAGAAAGGAGAAAGGUGAAAUAGAAUUCAUAAGUAAACAAAUUAAAUAUUUCAAUCGUAUUAAAAAUUAGAUGUAGUAAUCUAGAUUUAAAUGUAAUCCACUUAAGUAAAUGAAGGAUGUCGGCAGCAAUUGAGAUUAAGCGCAGAACAAUGGGCCAGGUAUACAUAGCACUAGCUACACAGCUAACUGCAUAUAUACACCAUCACGUGCCUAGCCACUAGCCACUAUGUCUACACUAUCGAUCCUUAUCGAUAUUGUGCCCUUUUCUGUUUGUAAAAUCGCAUUAUGGCGUAAGUUCACGUAAAUCACCGAAUCAUCCAACUCUACGGCAAUGUAAAAAGACACAAAGCUCGGCCAAACAGACGAUAAAAACAAUUGGCAGUUAAUAAGUAUGGCUGAAAAUGUGGCGGUUAUCAUUCCCGAAUUGCGUGGCUCAUCCAGGCAAGAUGUAAUGUAAGGCGGUGGAGGUGAGGUGCCAAUUACGAAUUUGUUACUAAAGAGAGUUAAAUGCCUUGGGAAUGGCUUGGAAAUUGAAUUUACCUAAACGCUCUGAAUCCCAUAUACAUUUACAUUCACCAAACCACACGCAUACACACAUUUACUCCUCGUGCAAGAACCUGCACGAUGGGCAUUUCGACUGAAAUUAUAACAAUAUUUAUUAGAUUACGUUUAUAUAGACGACGUGUAGAAAAUUAGCGACUAAGGUAUCCAAAGGCAACUCAGCUUAAUGCUAAUGCAUUAGCAGAUGAUGUCCGCGUAUAUAAUGAUAAAGGAUAAAUGAAACAACUCAUGUAUAUGUAUGCAUGUUUCCUUUGCAUUUAUGUAUAUUAACAUUCGUGUUAAGUAUUUUGAAUAUGGUAAAGGUGAAAUUCAAAGAACUCAACUGUAAGUUUUAAGUUCUUUUUAAGUUUUGUUUUUAUUUGAUGUUUACUUUUUAAUUUCAUAUUUUUAUUUUGUAAAUGAACCAAGCAGUAUAGUGAAGUGUUUCUUCAAAUUAAAGAAAGUAUGUGUGUAUAUACAUAUAGUAUAUAUACUUAUUUAUAUACAAAAGAAAUGUUUAGGUGAAACGUUAUAGACAUUGUAUAUUGAAUAAAACAAAAACAAAAAAAAAACAUCAAGGAACGAACAAAAAUAUCGUAUAAAAUAAAAAAUAUAUUGAUGCAUCGUGUGCUCCAUUUGUGUGAAAGUGACGAGAUUUAAAAUUAACAUUACAUGAACAUUGAAGAGUAUAAGAAUUCGAUAAGUUCUCACAUAGAAUAGUGUGUAUUAUUUAUAAACACACACACACACACACACACAAACACACAACUCUGUUCUUGCCACAGCGAAUAGACACAAAUUAUAAUCGAUGACCGACAAAAUAACAGACGGUGAAUAAUCUAAGAACUCAUCUGAGAUGGCUGCAAAUAUAGAUCAAAAUUAACGCGUUAA